UUUUUUUUUUGUGCGAAGAAAAAAAUCUGAAGCAAAGGAGUAAAGCAGUUUUAUUUUUUGUAGAGAAAGAUUCUAGGAAAUAAAAUGCGUGCGAUUCAAGGUGUGCUUCUUUGUGUGUUUGUAACGCUUCUUCCUGUUGUUAUUGGAGCUCCAAUAGGCGACGAUCUAAUUAGCUACGAAAGCGUGCAAACCGAUAAUGGAUAUCGGUUCUCCUACGAAACAAAGGAUGGACAGGCACGGGAAGAGGUCGGUACGAUCGACCCCAGCACGGGGGUGCUGACGGUGACUGGUUGGUACAGCUACCGCACGCCAGAUGGCGAUACGCAGCGUGUUGAUUUUGUUGCGGAUGAAAAUGGCUAUCGAAUCGUUGACCAACCGCCAAACGUUGUGGCACAAUUCAUACCGAUGGUUGUUGCUGGUUCACCUAUCGAUAAGACGGUGCUGCUAUCGCUCGUCGGAUAGGGAGAUACUUUUCUUGGAACGUUGCAAGAAAAACAAUUAAUUUUUCAUAACAAUAUGUUACAACACAGAAGCUAACAAUUGUCAAACAAUACACUAUAGAUAGAAAUAAGUAAUAGUUCGCUUUCAAUGGAUUAUAAAAGAGGCUGAGGUUAGGGUUAUAUUAUCAGCUUAGUAGUUAUGAUAUCAGCUAUAUAAUUGGAUAUCGGAUUCAUAUUGCAUAUGGAUUAUAGGACAUCAGAUAGAUAAUCAUUUAUAAUAUUUAAUACACAUAACAUCACAAAUGUGUGAAUAAAUUAUUUAACAGAAACAUUAAGAA